UUGAAAUGGCGGCGGGCGCGGCCUUCGGAGGCCCCGCUCGGCCCCGCUGAGGGGGCCGAGGAGUGCGGGGGGAGGCCCGUUAACCGGUUGGGGGAGUCGGGCCUUCCUCCGCCGCCCGGCCCCUUUUCGGCGCCUCCGCGCAAGGCUGGGAGGCUCCGCUCGCAUGGAGCAACUGCGGCCGCGGCUGCUGAGGACCUACUCGGGGCUGAGGGGGCGAGCGGGCCGCGGAGGGCGAGCGGAAGGCAAGGCCGGGUUGAGGCUCCUGCCGCGGGCGGCGCCCUGGAUCUCGCCCCCCGUCGACCCCAAGCGCCUCUUCAGCAGCAGCAGCUCCACCGGGGACGCCUCCUGCUCCUCGCCCGCCUCCUUCGACGACGACGACUCGGAUUUCCGCCCGCCCCGCAAGGCCCGCCCGAAAAGGCCCGCCAAAAAGGGGGGCCAGAAGAGGAAGAACCAGGGCCUCCCCAAGGAGAACCGGCCUCCCCCCAAAGGGGCCAAGAACAACAGCAGAAGAGCCUUCGUGCCCCCCACCCCCCUCCGCAGGAACGUCACCUGUCGACGGCCCGGGAAGGGCCCCCCGCUUCGCCCCCAGGGCCCCACUCGCCUGCGGGGGGCUCCUCUGCUGUGCAGCACUCCUGAGUGUCCCCUCCUGACCUCAUUGGGGACCCAUAGGAGGUUGACCCGCCAGGAGGAGGAGCAAGAGGAGAAGGACCCCCACAGCCCCAUCUCCCAUCCUCAGGGUGGCUGCCGCCCGUGGGGAGGGCCCCGAGAAGGCAGCCGGGUGUCCCGCCAUGGGGGGGUCCUGGAGCUGAGCGUGCUGAAGACGGACUCGGAAGGGCAGGAAAUGGGCGACUCUCUGCAGCUCUUCAGCCCGGAGAAGGAGGAGGCCAGGCCGCGUCCUCGGGAGUCGCCGGGGGACGGUUCUCUGAUGGACCCUGCGCGUCCAGAGUGUGUCACGGAGACGACUGGCUGUCCCAUCCGAAGCCCUUUGCAGCAUUGCGAGAUCCCGAGUGAGAAGGAAGCCUCCCCAGUCCCGCCAGAGCCGAGCCCGUACCGAGGAUCCGAUGGAGAUCGUGCUCCGAUGCCGUCGUCGUUGACGGAAGCAAGCCCCGCGGGCCGAAGUCCUGUUUGCGGCGUUUUCCAACUUCAAGCCCGAAUGCAGGAUGGCAAAAUUGCACUCUCUCCCCGAAAAGAAACCCUUUUUCUUGCUCAGGAGCGAGAGCCGUGCUUUGCUCCGGACAUUAAUACUCCCGAGGAGAUGGCUGGGGAGGUCGGUAGGCUUUCGGAAGGAGCGAGCGACCACGGUAUUGUUCCCAAUAGCCCCGGGUUCCAGCCGGUUGUGGUACUGGAUAAUCAGGUGGUUUUGAACUGGUUGGCGGAUCGGUCUGCCAGAAAGCAAAAGGCUUCCCGUUCCUUGAAGAGAAAAAAGUUCUUCCGGGCCCAGUCUCACCACGUCCUGCCUAAAACCUCCGGCUCCUGGAAUAACCACCGUGUGCCCCCCAAUUGUAAUCCUGGAGGGACUGGCCGGAAAGCUUGCAUUAGCGGCUUCAGUUCUAAACGUUGGGGGCACCAGAAAGCCCAUCGAGCGGCACACGGGCAAAACGCGGGCUGGAAACAUCAAGCUGACUCUCUCCUGCUGCAGGAACGGCUGAAGUGGCAGGAGAUUGAAGACCAGCUUUCCGUCUCUUUCCUACCUUUGGACUCCUCCCUCAAGAACUCCAGCUUGUGGCGUAGAAUCCGGGCAUCUUUUUCCCUCCAUAAAAAGAAGAAAAUCCUUUCCGAGGCCGAAAGCCUGAACGGUAGCGCCGCCAGCUAUUAUUCGGCCGAGUCUCCUCUUCACAAGGUUUGCGAUACCCCUUUCACCCAAAAGCUGGGCUAUUCCAUCUGCCCGUCUUCCUCCAUGGUGUUGCUGUCAUCCAUGACCUCUCUCUCCAUGUCGGAGACCACCUUGACGGAUGCCGAAAAAGUCUACCGGGAAUGCCAGCAGGAGGGGCCCAUCACGUUCAAGGCUUGGAUUUCUCAAGAGAAGAUGCCGAAGUGUGAAAAAAUCGGGGAGGGGGUUUUUGGGGAGGUUUUCAAAACCGAGACUGAAAAGGGGACCGUGGCUUUAAAAAUAAUCCCGAUCGAAGGGAGCGAGCGAGUCAAUGGCGAACCGCAGAAGACGUUCACCGAAAUCUUGCCGGAAAUCAUCAUCUCCAAAGAACUCAGCCUCCUCGCCGACGAGGUGGCUAACCGGACCUCGGGUUUCAUCCGGUUGUAUUCCGUUCAUUGCGUCCAAGGCACUUAUCCCGAGCAUCUCUUGAACGCCUGGGACGAAUACCACCGGCUGAGGCACUCCGAAAACAACCGGCCGGAUUUCUUCAGCGACCAGCAGCUCUUCAUGGUCCUGGAGUUUGAAUUUGGAGGCACGGAUCUGGAGAACAUGAGGAACCGGCAGCUGAGUUCGGUGGCUUCGGCCAAGAGCAUCCUGCAGCAGGUGACGGCUUCGCUGGCCAUCGCCGAGGAAGCCCUCCGCUUUGAACACAGAGACUUACAUUGGGGCAAUGUGCUGGUGAGGAAAACCAGCUUAAAAGAAGUGGCCGUUACCCUGAAUGGGGAAGUCCACCUCCUUCCCACUCAAGGCAUUCUGGUGAACAUUAUCGAUUACACCUUUUCCAGGCUGGAGAGGGAUGGUUUAACGGUGUUUUGUGACCUCUCCACCGACGAAGAAGUGUUCCAAGGGGGAGGGGAUUACCAGUUUGAUAUUUAUAGGCAGAUGAGAGAAGAGAAUGCAAACAACUGGGCCGAUUAUUUUCCCCACAGCAACAUUCUGUGGCUUCACUAUUUAGCGGACAAACUUUUAAAAGAGGUGUCCUACAAAAAGAAGGCCACCUCUUCGUCCCUGAAGCAGAUACAGAAGCAGCUCAGGAUGUUCUCCGCGAACGUUCUCAAUUUCAAGUCCGCCACCGAGCUACUUAACCUAGGGACUUUCUUCCAGUGAAUUGAACUUGAGCUUGGAGGACCGAGGGAGAACUUUUUGGCCUUCUCUCAUGCUUCGGGGCGGGGGGGGGGGGAAUUCACAUACGGUAUCCCAAUUCUUAAACCACAUCAUUGUCAAGAGUUGCUCGACUGCGUUGCUUUGCAUUAUGUUUUGAUUAGAGGGAAUCCCGACCUUCCCCCCCCCGCCCCUUCCCCAAAACCAUCAUUUUUUUACUCCAAAAGUUUUGUUUGAUUUUAAAUUUGCCCCCCUCCCCCAUCGCAAAACCCCUUCCUAUUUUCCUAAUUAUCGUGGCUUGUUUUAAAAUAAAGCACAAUCUUUUUUGUAACGAAACCUCAGAAAAUUAAUGCCAGCUUUACUUUUGCAGUAUUAAAUCCGAUGAGCGCUUUUUAUAUUAAUAAAACAUUUCUAUGUUGCCCAA